CGCAACGUUGCGUUCCCUCCUCCUUUCCUCCCCUCCGUCCCGCUCGGGUCAGGCAGCCGUUCGGUGUGACUUUGCAGAGCUGGGACCCCAGAGCGUGUGCUUCUGUCUUCGGGAAGACAAAACUGGCUUUUGGGGGAAGAGGGGGUGUUGGCGAGAGUUUUGUACAUGCCCUAGUAACUAAGAGGGAGAGGGACCUGCUUUCCAGAUCCCAAUGUGUGUUCCAGAAUUGGCUGCAGAAGUUUGAUACCGUAGUUAAAAUCGAAACCUCUUGAAGUUAUUGUGGUUAACGAACAUUGUUCUAGGAGAUAGGUUAUAAAAAUUCCUCUGGGAAGGUCGCAAAUGGAGAUCAUGUGACCUCAAGAUGCCGAGACUGUCAUAAACACCAAAUGCCCAAAUCAUGACCAGGUGAUGAUGGGGAUGUUGCAGAGGUCCUAAUUGCAAGGACUGGUUUUUAGCUACACUAUGGACUCCAGAAUUUGCUGCCAUCAAUUCUUCCGGAUACAUUGGUUGAGCCACAGAUUAUCCAUCAAUGCUUUCUAAAGUUCUAUCACCACCUUGUGCCGAGGACCUUGCAGCUUCUCCCACAUGCUUCUUUUAGAAGUUCUAUUCCCAAAGAUUUCUGAAAUAUUUUUGAAAUCUUGAGGACCCACUCUGCUUGCCUGGGGAAUUUUCUGGAGGACUGAACAUAUUUCUUCUGCUUAACCUUGGCCUGAACCCCAAGACAAGGGGAAAUUACACUGAUUUUGCAUCAAGUUUUGACGAUUCUGGACUGCUCCUCUAUAUCAAGUGCUCUGCAUUCAGCCCUUAUGUGAAUCUUUUUUUUAAUCAAGGAUCAGGCCUGUGGAUUGUGCAGCCAUGGCAAGCAACAGUAGCUCCUGUUCUACACCAGGGAGUGGACAUCUCAGCAGCUACCCAGUUCCUCACUAUUUCUUCUUUCCCCACAUGAUUGGAGGCCUCUCACCUCCAGGAACUCUGCCUGGAAUGCAACACCAGCUGCCAGUCAGUGGGUACAGUACACCUUCACCAGCUACCAUUGAAACACAAAGUACCAGCUCAGAAGAGAUUGUACCCAGUCCUCCUUCACCACCCCCACUGCCCCGAAUCUACAAACCCUGCUUUGUGUGUCAGGAUAAGUCAUCCGGCUACCACUAUGGUGUUAGCGCCUGUGAAGGAUGCAAGGGCUUUUUCCGUCGUAGUAUCCAGAAGAACAUGGUAUAUACUUGUCACCGGGACAAGAACUGUAUCAUCAACAAAGUGACCCGGAACCGCUGUCAGUACUGCCGCCUACAGAAGUGCUUUGAAGUUGGCAUGUCCAAAGAAUCUGUCCGGAAUGAUAGGAACAAGAAGAAAAAAGAUGCUCCAAAGCAGGAUUGUUCAGAGAGCUACAUCAUUACACCUGAGGUGGAGGAUCUCAUCGAGAAAGUGCGCAAGGCUCACCAGGAGACCUUCCCUGCCCUCUGCCAGUUGGGCAAAUACACCACCAACAACAGUUCAGAUCAGAGGAUAUCUCUUGACAUUGAUUUGUGGGACAAAUUCAGUGAAUUGUCCACAAAGUGCAUCAUCAAGACAGUUGAAUUUGCCAAGCAGUUGCCAGGCUUCACCACACUCACAAUUGCUGAUCAGAUCACACUCCUCAAAGCGGCCUGCCUCGACAUCUUGAUCCUUCGGAUAUGCACACGCUACACACCAGACCAGGACACCAUGACCUUUUCUGAUGGCCUGACCCUCAACCGCACUCAGAUGCAUAAUGCAGGCUUUGGACCCCUCACAGACCUGGUCUUUGCCUUUGCCAACCAGCUGCUGCCACUUGAGAUGGAUGAUGCUGAAACUGGACUCCUCAGCGCCAUCUGCCUCAUAUGCGGAGACCGACAAGAUCUUGAACAACCAGACCGAGUAGACCAAUUGCAAGAACCUCUGCUGGAAGCCCUGAAAAUCUAUGUGAGAAAGAGGAGGCCUAGCAAACCCCAUAUGUUCCCCAAAAUGCUGAUGAAGAUUACAGAUCUACGGAGCAUCAGUGCAAAAGGUGCUGAAAGAGUGAUAACUUUGAAAAUGGAAAUUCCUGGAUCAAUGCCACCCCUCAUCCAGGAAAUGCUGGAAAACUCUGAAGGCAUGGAUUCUUUGGGGGGCUCAACAGGAGCGCCUUCCCGUAUCAGUAGCUUAGCUCCACCUCCAGGCAGCUGCAGCCCUAGCCUCUCGCCCAGCUCCAACAGAAGCAGUCCUGCCACACAUUCACCGUGACCAUGCUGGACCCCUGAGCUAGUUGCUUGAUCCCCCGCCCCCCCUCUGCGCACAUCGGUCUUUUGCUUCCUGGGUCUGCCUGGACACACGUCUCAGGAGGAGCAGAGGUGGGGUGAAGGCGUAGCAGUGGGACAGACUGUUGCUGCAGGCAUUCUUCUCCUCCCUCUCUGUACCACAUCAGUCCUGCUCAGACCCAAGAGGGAAGGCUUCUUAUGUUCUCCUAUACCAGCACACUAUUUCUCACUUAGCUGUUCAAACAAAACAGGGUUCCGUUUUGUUUUGCAAGGAAGGGCCCUGCUCUCAUGGAGGGAGGCACAGACUUUCUCUGAAGGCAGAUCAACAAGUAGAUCUGAAGGACGGCUGCUCAAAAUUAGGAGCAAGAUAUUUUUUUUCAAAAAAAAAAACUAGUUACAGGGGAAAAAAAAAACUUCUCUGUGGCACGUAUCCCCCGCCCCUACUCUCUUCUUCAGUCUUGUCAUGCACACAGACAUGCCUCCACAAAAGUGUUGCUUGCUUCUUGUUGCAGUGAAAAUGAAGUAGUGGGGUUUUUUUUCCAGUUGAGUUUGCAUUUCAGAUAUUUCGGGGAAAGGGUAUAAUGUUUUUUUUUAAUUGCUCAAACCUUCUCUUCAUCCUCAAUUUGACUGUGCAAUCUUACCUUUGUCUCUUUUCUUGCCGCCUCCUACUUGUUCACUCACAUAUGCCUAAAAAUGUCACCAGCAAUUUUUUUUAAAAAAAGAAACAUUAGUUCUUCAGUUUCUUUUUUUAAAGUACAGUAAAACAUGGAGGGAAGGAUUCAUUAAAGAAUAACUAUUAUAUAUACAAAUAUCUAUAAAUAUAUAUAAAUACAUUUGGAAAAAAAAA